ACUAUGAAACCGAACUUAUCAACCCAUUCGAGGUUUUUGAUCUGGACAUUUAUGGAACAACUAAUUCUGUAAAUUUAAUGACCGGCUAUUGUCCGUUUUUUCUUACCUCUCGUCUCGUUUACUCUCAGAGAUGUCUAUGCAGUAUAUGUACACCGUGAGGGAUACUCACAGUAGACCAAUCACAGCAUUCGGAAGAAAUCCGCACCGCAGAGAGAUUCUACUCGGGUUUGAAGAUGGUGUGAUUAAGACGUACGACUGUGAGAGUGGUUUUCUGGUGCAGAAAACUCACCAACACGAGGGCUUCAUCACCGACUUCGCUUACUGGUGGAGUCCAAAAUUCUUGUUCUCCUGUUCCAAUGAUGGCAGUCUGGUCGUGUGGGCCUCGGGAGGGGGUCUCUACUCCAAACACAAGUUCCCAAUCCCCAUCUACUCCAUGGCCCUGAAUGAAUCCAAGAACCAACUCAUCCUCGGAUUUAAGGCCAGAAUCAUGGCAUUUCAGCUGGACGAAAAUGGUGUGAUUAAGACGUACGACUGUGAGAGUGGUUUUCUGGUGCAGAAAACUCACCAACACGAGGGCUUCAUCACCGACUUCGCUUACUGGUGGAGUCCAAAAUUCUUGUUCUCCUGUUCCAAUGAUGGCAGUCUGGUCGUGUGGGCCUCGGGAGGGGGUCUCUACUCCAAACACAAGUUCCCAAUCCCCAUCUACUCCAUGGCCCUGAAUGAAUCCAAGAACCAACUCAUCCUCGGAUUUAAGGCCAGAAUCAUGGCAUUUCAGCUGGACGAAAAGAAAGUGAGUGGCAAUGUAUUGCGUCUGGACUCCAAGUUCGAAUUGAAUGACCCUGAGCUGUACCAUCACGACAUAGUGCGUCGGAUGCUACUGCACGAAAACAGACUCUUCACAGCCGGAUACGACCAGAAACUCAUACUGUUCGAAGUGUCAGCCGUGUCAUUUGGAAACAGAAAAGUGCUGCACAGAACCAGAAUAAUCAAGAAGGCUCAUGCAACAGCAAUAAUAUGUAUGGUUCUCAAUGACCAGUCUUCAAAUAAUCAAUGGCUGGCCACGGGUGCUUUCGACAAGAGUCUUAAGUUGUGGACCCUGGAUGGAGACCCUACCUUUAGAAUAGACGACUUCCAGGGGGGCAAUCUGACCUCAUUCUGCUACAUCACUCACACCAGAACACUGUGGGUGGCCUGUGGACUCAACACUCCACUCAUUUAUGACCCGAAAUCAGGCGACAAUGUCACUGAUUAUGUGGAGGUGGACUACAAGAGCGACUAUCCCAAUCAGAAACUGACCAAGCUAGACUUCUUCCCAAAAAUGAAUGUCGCUGUGGCUUCGAAUGUGAGGAGGCAUUUGAUCGUGUGGAAGUUCAAUCCGAAUGGAUGUGUGGGACUCCUCAAGAACAACUCACCAGUGCUGAGUCUGUCUUACACCCGUAAAGAACCCAUCCUUCUGUUCAGUGGAGCCUUAGAUGGGCAGGUGAAGAAGUGGGAGCGAAGUCAGGCAAACAUGUUCACUUACAGUCAAGAUCUCUUCUCCCCGAAAGAUGCGAACAGACGUCUGAUGGAGGCACAGAGCAAGUUCAACGCCAAAAUGGGGCUAGCUAAGGGAGGAGGCAGCAGCCAGUCCCCCCUUGUAACUCAAACGGGGGGUAGUCGGAGAAGCAAACAGGGAGUGAAAGAGGAGGAUGGAGAUAGCGAGGGAGAGGGAGGAGGAGGUAAACGGAGUCUGGUUGUGAAGCGACAGAAGCGAAUCACAUCUGCGUAUGCUGGACUGAAUGUGCCUCUAGAACGAUCGGUGAAGAUCCACAGACACAACCCAGUGGGACACUUGAAGCAGAUCUACGUAGAAGACCUUGACAUCAUCCUGUCAUCCUGCGAGGAUGGAAACAUAUAUAUUUGGGGCUUCGACAAGAAAGCAGUCAAGAAACUGAAGAGGGUCCAGAGUACUCAAAGUACUCCUGCUGAGGAUGCAAUCACUAAUCGGGUGGCUGGGUUCUCCUGCAGGAACGUCUUAAUAGCGCACCAUGGUCCAGUGACUUCACUCAUUCUCAUCACAGGAUUUCAACACAUCUAUCUUCUGAGUGCUGGAUGGGACAGGCGGAUACUCAUCUGGAACCUGGACAGUCAAAGAUAUGCAGAUAGUUGUCAGAUGGGUCCAGUGAUCGAGAGCAAGGACCCGAAAGAGGUGAAGGCGGCCAUGGAAGUGGCGGCCGAUGGGGCCAUACUGGACAUGGUCUACUCCCCUGAAAGGAAUGAGUUCGCGUAUGGGUGUGCAGACAGACUGGUCUAUGUGCGGAAAUUUUCCCCUAGUGGCAGUGAGAUGUUCCUCGUGAACACUCUCCUCGGUCACCUGGGAGAGGUGAACUGUGUCGGGUGGAUAUCCGAUCUGGACUCGUGGGUGUCUGCCGCAGAUGACUCUACCAUGCGCGUGUGGAGUAGUGUGGAUGCAAUGGAGUGUACUGAGGCUAUAUCUCUGCCUGGGCCUGCGUCUGCACUCACUGUGGACAACAUGAACAGGGUGUUGGUAGUGGCAGCUCAGAACUCAAUCUUAGUGUAUGAUAUCUUCUCUUGGCGUAUUCUGCAGAGUCAUUGCAGCUUCAACAACUCCAUCAUCAACUGUCUUCUACUGUUGCCCGAAAGAAACCAGUAUUUGAGUGGAAGUAGCGAUGGAACCAUCCAGCUGUGGAGUUCAAGCAGACUUAAUGCCCUCAUCAACAACCUGGGGAAAGUGACUGCACGACAACUAGAACAACAGAAGGUGGCUAACAUCCUACACGGUCCCCCAGACUCCACUUACAGCAACCAGGGCAACAAGUCGCUGAAUGAGAGUGACUUCACAGUUUAUGAUGAACCUAUCAGUAGGCCACAGUUGUCGCGAGAGAUUUCGAGGAUGUCGCUGCUUAGUCUGACCACAAGAUCAAGACGAUAUUCGGCCGAUUCGGGAACAUAGUUUAUCACUUACUCAUCUGUAAAAUUCAUGCAUGCUCAGUCCAAAAUGAUCCAGUGCUUAUUAGAUUGAAUAAAAUACAGAAUUUAAAUUGUAUAAAGUGUAAAUUUGUAAUUAAAUUUUUGCUUUUCUAUCGAGAAAAAUUUAACAGAAAGUUAUUGUA